UACGCCUCCUGACCAAAGGGUGGCGGUAAGCCUUCACUCAACCUGCGCAAAAGCGUUAUGAGCGUUUAAAUGGUCUUUGUUUUGGGAGGAUUCCUAGAUCCCCGUCUCCUUAUUUGAAAACUAAAGAACAAAAUGUAUGACAGGUAUGUUAGUUUGCUCAUAUACCCUUAUGUUUUGUUAAUGUAGAGGACACUUGCGGUUUGAAGACAGCGGGGCUCACUGUUAGCAAAGCCUUCCAUCUUCCUGUAAUGUUAGCUAGCAGCGUCCAUCCGUCUUCUUUGUGCCAGCAAUGUACCGUAUGUGCUAUAAUCUCCACGUAGCUCACCUCUCCAGUUUGUAUUGAUGCAUUUGACAGCAGAAUGAAUGUUAAUGUAUUCAAAUAAGUCAACAGUUAAGAUGGAAGAAAACCAGUAUACAUCAUUGACGGUUCCUACGGAUUAUUUUCAGCAGUGGUACCAGUCCAGCCAGCAGCACCCAGAGGCGCAGUAUGUGAUGCCGUAUCAUAACACGGGCCAUUACUCUGAAGGUCCCAGAGAUGAGCUUGUCAUGGCCGAGCUGUCGGUCCACCGCGAACCACCUGUUUACCAAGAACCUUUUUACCAGAACUAUAACCCCCCGGCCCAAAAUCACUACCAGGAUCUGACCUACCAGCCAAACGUCAGGGAGCAGCAGCAGCAGCAGCAGCAGCAGCAGCAGCAGCAGCAGCAGCAGCAGCAGCAGCAUCCUGCACACCUGCACCACCCUCAACACCAACAUACAAUACAGCAGCAGGAGCUGAGUGUUCAGCCCCAACCUCAGCCUGCUGGUCAACCACAAGUUGUGACACCGGUAAAGAAGAAGAGAGGCCGGCCUCCUAAGCAGCAGGCGGAGGAGGGCAAGACACAGGAGGAGGAGAAUGAGAUUGAAGCGGCAAAAAAAGCCAAGAGGGCUCUCAACCGCUUCAACGGCAUGUCAGUGGCUGAGGUUAUGGCCAAAACCCUGCCAGACGUUAUAUCCUAUAAUCUUGACAUUUUGAUAAUUGGAAUUAACCCAGGACUAUUAUCAGCCUUCAAAGGACGCCAUUAUCCAAACCCAGGAAACCAUUUCUGGAAAUGUCUGUUUCUUUCUGGUCUAACUGACGAGCAGCUCAACUACAUGCAUGACCAAAGCCUGCCGGAGAAAUAUAGCAUUGGCUUUACCAACAUGGUAGAGAGGACCACACCUGGUAGCAAGGACCUCUCUAGUAAGGAGAUUCGUGAAGGAGGUCGACAGUUACUUGACAAGCUGCAGAAAUACAAACCAUUAAUAGCAGCUUUUAAUGGAAAAGGUAUCUAUGAAAUCUUCUGCAAAGAAACCUUCGGUGUGAAGGCAAAGAAUCUCGACUUUGGUCUACAGCCUUACAAAAUCCCAGAAACUGAAACGGUGUGCUACUUGAUGCCGUCAUCAAGCCCCCGCUGUGCCCAGUUUCCCCGUGCCCAGGAUAAGGUUCAUUUCUACAUCAAGCUGAAGGAACUGCGAGACCAGAUGAAAGGCCUGGCACCGAGGCCCGAGGUGGAAGAGACACAGUACUCGUUCAAUCUGCAGCUAGCUAAAGAGGAUGCUAAGAGGAUGGCAAUCAAAGAAGAGCAGUUGGAUCCAGAGUAUGAAAGCUGUAGUGGGCUGCAUGGGGAUGCAAAGCAAAACAGCAACUCCUCCUACUAAAAGAUUCAGAUGAGAGGAGAAGAAACAGGCCUGUCUGCUGUAGCAACAGGUAGUGUAGUUACCAUGUAGUUCUACAUAUAUUUAGUUGGAACCAGAUAGAAUUGGACUUAGUUUCAGGUGCAUACACCCUAACUGUAAAUAACUCUAAACCACUGUGACUGAUUACCAAAGCAAUUUAAAGAAGUCUGUUGAUUUUCAUACAACCACGAUUUGAAGUGAACCCAUGACCUUAUCCAUCCUGGAAGUAAAAUUAGAUUUGUCAGUUCGAAAAACAUUUUAAGGCACGCACUACAGUUUUGGUAACACUGCAUGCAGAAAAUACCACAGGACACCUUUAAGUUUACAUCACUUGUAGUAUAAGUGACAGAAAACACAUUAAACGUUGCCAUUGGUCCUUUUUAAAAUAUCUUUUGGGUGAUUUCUAGAAAUAAAAUAAACUGCUGAACUAUUCCAACAUAUUGGUUGAUGACUUAUAAAUGCCUUCUGCAAGCAGCACAAUCCAUCUGUUUGGUUUGUAUUGUGGUAUCUUGCAGAAAUGGACAUUGUAGGCCAUUCAGCGGACAACAUGAAACGGAACCACAGCAGCUGGAGAGGUAUCGCUCAACAGAAACCAGAUAUCAGCUGUACUAGUAGCAUGAUGCAUCAAUGAGGGUAAGAACCCCUCUGAUGACACCACAAGAAAAGAGGAGUCAUACAGUUUCCAGAGGCUUCGCAAUGUGACGCACAAGGGAGAAAGUGCCCACAACGGUUACAUUUUCUAAUUCUCAAACAAACUGUGCAUGUUUUUGGUGUUCUUUUUUAUCACUAUUUAUUGCAUUUUGUAAGGUACGUGUCCAGUGACUUAUUUUUGUAUUUUUAAAGAAUGACAUUUUAUGAUUUAUCAGCUGUAUAAAAAAGGGAAUUGUACUCUGGAAUCUGUAAUUACAGAGUUAUUAAAUCUCUUCUAAAGCUGG